GCAUAAUGCUCGGUAUCACGUUUACCGUGGGUUGAGCCGAUGUUGGUCCUAAAUUUCUAAUUGUUCCCGUGGAACCGCCCUGGAUUUCUUUAUAUUUCUCCCUUGCCGUGGCUAUGCGAAGGCUUGGCUGGCCCUCGAAGAAUGGCCGGCGACGAGGAAGGAGAAGCCAGGAACACAUCUUCGCCCACCGCGAGCUCGGCGGGAGACGGAACCAUCAUUGACGACUUUUCCAAUUCCUCCUUCCAGCGCUGCGUCUGCCUAUCACCGCCAGUGAUAGCAGCAAGAGAAACACUUUUUGUAUCAGGAUUUCUAUCUUUUAGGGGAGAGGUUGAAAAAAAUAAUGAUAGUCUUAAAGCCAGCAAAACUACAGAUUCAAAAGGACUUACCUGUCCAGAAAGUGGGCUUGAGAAUGGAAUUUGCAAACAAAUUUCUCUGAACGAUGUACCGUGUGCUCUUUGCUGGGAACUGCUGUACAGCCUGUUGUUCUCAAUUGUGGACAUGUACAGUGUUUUGUGAUUCUUGCCUGUCUAGCUUAGUUGGUGAACCUUUCAAAUGUCAAGUUUGUCAAAGUAUGCAUCCUGGAGAAUUUCCAAAUAUUUGCUUGGAUCGGGAUCAUUUCUUGGAAGGACAAUUUCCUAGAGAGUAUGUAAUGAGAAGAGAAACUGUGAGGCCCAGAAAAUUUCAAUGUACACCUGGGGAGCUGUCAUCCAAUGUAUCCCAUAAUUGCAAAGAGGUACAAGAUGUAAAGGCUGCAAAGAGGCAAUUGGCUUUUACCUGGAUGAAGCAUGCUACAGUACUAGCUCCUGGCAGAUUCAAUCGACAGCAUACACCUGACCGCAAGUUCGAACUUGAUGACUCAAAGUUGCUAUGUAAGAUAUUAAUGCUCAGGGCUUUGCCAGAGGCCCCUCAGCAAGAUGUUGCAGAAGCUCUGAAGCUGAUUUCCCUCGUGAUGAGCAACAAGUCCGUGCGAAUCAUGAUAAUGUACCAGAAGGAAGUCGAAAUGAGGAUGGAAACUUAUAGAAGAAAAAAGGCAAUUUUUGACACGAGAAAGUUAUACAUCAUGUUCAAAUUUCUUGAAUAUAAUUAGGACAAGAAGGUAAGUUGUAUAGAAAUAAUAAGGGCUGUUUGGUGAGAAAGGAGCUAGAUGUUGAGUCCACACAUAAAACAGGUAACAGGUGGCAUGUUAAGCAUUUUGGUGUUUGUUGCUUCAUUAAUUUGAGCUCCAGCUGUUUCUAUCAGAAAAAUGAUAAUAAUAAUUUCAGUUGUUUGAUUUUUCAAA